GUUAAUUUAGAAAGAAUUGCAGUAGUCUUGUGACAUUGACCGUGGUGUUGUUUACUAGGUGGUCGGCUUUCAAAUUAAGCAUCGUGAACUUGUAGCGAGUUUUUUAUUAUAUUGGGGAGAAUGUGUUGUUGGAACUACCGCUGAAGCCCAAUUAUACUGCUAAGAAGAUCUUACUUAAUUAAUAGAAUUCUACAAGCAACUUCCCUUCUUAAAUUUCCUAUACAAGCAGCUAGAAGUCGUAUAGCUAGACAUAAGCGUAUUAAAAGCCUUCAAAGCCAUGCUGAGUGAAACCAAUGCAUGAAUAUAUCAGUAGUUUGUUAGGAAGUGUUUUUUACUAGGGAUGGGAAUAGAGUUUUGUGUUUCUUACGGCAGAAUACGUGCAUGCCUUGCUUUGAAUAUGCGUGUAUGCCUCGCUUUUACGGCGCGUGCAUGUCUCGCUUUUAUGACUCACCAAUAAUUUAAGAGCUUUUUAAUCCAUAUACUAACAUUUUAGAAUGAUUCAUUUCAUCAAAUACGAUGUGUUGAUCUAAAAAAUAACAAUUUCACAAACUUGGUUUAAGAAAAAUAUCUAUUUUAUUUAUGUUGUGAGCUGUUAACUGCCCCCGCCUAAACAAUGUUUGAAACUUACAACAGGAUUUGCUUGAUUUGACCUAAGAAGAUAGAAGUCUUUUUAUAUUUAACGAUGUGUAAUGAUUACGUCAUUGACUGCAGCAUAAAAAAGCGCUUAGUCACACGGUUGUUUUGAUGAAAAAAUAUCAGUAAAGCAAACAGGAAAUUUUGAUUUUGGAAGUAUAAAAAAAACAACUUUAUUCUACCCUGCAAAAAUAAACUUCGCAAAUUUAUUAGUAUUACGAUUAUUCACCCAGGAGAGCUUUCUCAGCUCUUUUGGCACUGUUACCAACGAAGGCUUUGCAAAGGGAGUCCCAGUGCAUUUAAAGCUUCCACUUGAGCUACAAAAGCCGUGCAAGCACAGCAAAUGCCUAACUAGACAACCCUUUAAGAUAUCGAUCAUAUUCUCAUUCUAAACGCUAAGUAGAAAAAGAUUGAGUCUCACUUCAAUACUCUCUUGCACAACUCAACCGGGAUUUGAACACAUGACCUAACGCACUGGAAGAACUACAAUUUAAUUUAGAUUUUUCGCCACAAAUUUCUAUCAAUCUUAUUCUCAUAUUUCUCCUUUGGCAUACAAUUUUAACGAAUAAGCAGAAAUUUCUUUAUUAAAUCUAAAAUAUUUGCACAAUUAUUACAAAAUCCCUAAAAAUGUAAUCCUAGGUUUUCCUUGAUAUUUUUGAGUCGGGCCCGACAUAGAAAAGGCGACAGAAAACCUCUGUGCAUAAAGAUCGCUCAGGGAACCAAAGGUAUUAGAGUUUAAGCUUACACUAACCAAAAGUGAUAGGAAACUUAAAACUUAAAAUUAAAAAAAACAAAACAACAGAGUUUAAUCCUGGGAUGAUGUAGUUUCUCGUUGUUUAUGACGAGCAGUGUUCACCUUGCUUUAUCUUUUUUUUGUCUGUUUGUUUUCUAAGCUUCAAGUGUACAGCGCGCUAAAACCACAAUAUGUUAUUUUGGCAGCUGUAAUAAAUAUGAAACAGCCGGUUAACGACAAAAAAACAACAAACAUAAAUGUUGUUCCACGUAGGUUCUCCGAUUAAGGGGAUAUAUAAGGUUAAUCUCAUGUUAUCCCAAAGUUUCUUCUUCCGCAAGUUUUUGACUAAAAAAAUCGGAAAUUCUCGCUUUUUUAUAUGUUUAACCAGUAAAAACGCAAACAAUGAUUGAUUUGUGUGUGCCCUUUCAGUUGUUUACUUCAGACAAUCUUGUACCUAGAGUAUCUGCCUUUAAAACAGUCAGACAAAAGACAGUGAGAGCUUGGCUUCUGUACAAUUUCUUCAUUUAUUCAAAGCAUUUCAGUUUUUCGUCACAUCUGCAUUGCGGAUUUCAUGAAUCGAUGUCUAACUGUGUUUCUUAAGAUGUUUGAAGUACAUGUGGAUGAAAGUACUUUUCUUGUGGGGGAUUUAAAACAGUUAAAAACUCGAUUUGAAAAUUUUAAUAUUGUUAUUAUUGGGAAGUUUAUUCCGCGUUUAGUUUUAAAAUAGACCGCGUAAUCUCUAUAAUACGUGAAGAAACGUGAAAAAGGAUAACAAGAGCAAAAAAGUUUGAGGUUUUUGUGCUUGAUAUGAAGUAGCACCUACUUUCUUAAGCGGGAAAAGAGGUAGAGGAUAAUGAAUUCCUGCAUGUCAUUACAUAUGAACUACGGUGCUGUCUGAAAUUCAAACACAAAAAUGUUCGAUGUUCUUCACAGAACACAACAAUUGCCGUAUUCAAAAUGGCAGUCGAAUUGCUACUUUGUGUUGAGGUUGCACGAAAUAACGAUGCCUGGGAAAUGUACGACGAAUGAAUAUCUGAUGACUGGAAUAUACACGGCGAGCGAACCUGUAAAUUUUUCUACAAACUAACCUUUGAUCUAAAUUAUUUUUUUGGUACAGUGUAAAUUCUUGAAUUUGCGCACGCUGAAAAAUUUAUUUUAAUAUUUGGGAAUAGACUUCGACACUAAGGAGUGAUAGAAUCAUAAAAAGGUUUGCGUAACUUAGAACUCAAAUACUGUCUGAUUACAUCGUUAACUUGAUCUUUCAUCCUAAAAUAUCUAAAGUCCGGGUUUGUCGAACUUUUGCCUACUUGAAUAUUGAUUUAAGCUGUAUUUACUGGAGUCACUUCCGAAAUAUUUAUCGCUUUUCCCGAAUAAUUUUUCAAAUUUUUUUUUUUAAAAGUAAAACUUUGGUUAAUUCUAACUCAAGGUUUUUGAGAUUUUAUUUAGGAUGAUGGGUUCCUAAUCAAGAAUUGGUUUGUCGGUUCUGUUUUCUCUGCUAAAUUCUUUGUUAGUAAAACAUUUUGAUUUUGUGAAUGGAACGACACGAGGAUAGGGUGUUGUCGCAGAGAUGUUGAAUAAAAGAAUAAAAACAGGCUUAUUAAAUUAAUCUUACCACUGUAAAGGCUGUGUUCUAAACAUUGUAAGCCUUGUUCAAACCCGUCAUUAAUCCAAUCAGACAUGUAUAAUUUUGAUAUGAAAGAUAGAGGCUUUUUUUAAUAUGCAUGUGACAAUUUUUUCCUCUCUGGAUUUAUCUGUUUCGAUUAGUCAUACUUGUUCGGACGCACAUAUCAAUAAAAAAUGGAAAUGACCGUACCUAAUCCUCUUGGUCGGUUAGGAGAAUUGACAACCGGGCUGCCAAGACAACUUUUCUAUCUACAGGUUGAUAUUGAGAAAAUGUUUUAUUAUUUUCUACGUGUUACCAUCGCAAGGUAAUUUGUCUCUCGCGUUGGAGUCGUUUACUGGUCUAGAUAAAGUUUGUGUUUUGGUCAAAGAAGAUUAACUAAAGCCAUACCAUACAUUUCUGCUGUAAUAGAGUUGUGGUUAAGAACUGAGAGAAGAAUGCUGAUAAUAAGACAGAAUUUCUUUUUUUUUACGAAUGAAUAGUUUGAAGAGUAUGAUACGUUGCGCAUUGGAAUUUUACGAGAAAAACUUUCUUUAAAAUAUGGAUGAUCAUGUCUAACCUUCCUUUGUAAUAAUCGAGUCUAACCUGUAUCAAUGGAUAGUAACAACUAUUAUUAUAUGCCAUGAAUUUAGAUGUUCCAUUAAACCUCACGAUAUAUUUCGCCUCUCCCACUCUCCCUAUUGAUAUAUUUUCCGCAUUCUAAUGACGUAUUUAUUGAUCACGUGUGCGUGAUUGCACGAAAGAGGAACGGGAAAAGAUCGAUAAUAUCUAACAUCCACAGAUUUCUCACAAUUCAUGCUUUAAUUAGCUCUUUAUAUUUUUAAUUUAUAACUUUAUUCAAUUUUCUAAUCUUUAAUUUAGUGGCCAUUUUUCUAAUCACCUAAUUAGGAAGGUUAAUUUAUGAAUUCCACCAUUGUUUUAAACCCGUCAUUCAAUAUAUAUAGACUAUAUAUAGACUAUAUGAAAUGCCAUAAAUACUCCCCCAGACCGGCCGAUAAAAUACGUAAAAUGCUGUAGAAAUUACUAUCAAAGACGGGGGUGAUGUUUUAAGAUUGUAGUUUUAAUAUAUUAAUGCACAUGUGUCGUAUGGCAUUUUUAAUUAUAUAUUAAAAAUUUUUGUGCCAUUCAUGGUUUUAUUUACUACGUUGGAUUUUGUUGGCUGGUACUGGUUUUUUGUCGUCUUAAUGGUGUUAUUGUUAUUGUUAUUGUUAUUGUUGUUGUUGUUGUUGUGGUCAUUUUUAAUGUUGUUGCUACUUCUGUUCAACUGCGCUAUGAUGGCUGUAUGUAAAUUGCUUGAAAUCGUCCCAACAUCUGUCUCUUCGUGUAGCUAUUAAUUUUAAGCUUUUUUCAGUUUAAAACUAGUAAUUGGACUGGGUUUUCAAGCCUGUAAACAAGGUCAUACCAGUACAAUCAUUAUGUAUUAUACCUACAUUAAAUUUUUUUAUGUUUUUUUUUUUAUUUCUGUUUAGUUUUUGUUUAAAGGACACAAAUAAACUUCAAAUGUGAAACCUAUUUAUACUAACAUUUUUACAUUUUUUUAAUUUUAAUUGUUGAUCAGCAGUUUGUAAGGCAAAUUUAGGCGAAAUUGAAGCAAAAAUUUAUUGCACUAAAAUUCAUGUUCUGUUUUGUUUUCAUUUUUUAAAUUUUGUAAAUAAAAAAGUCGGCUGCAAUUAUUAAGAUGAUUUAUUUCUACAUAUUUCUACAUAUUUAUACCGGUCCAGAUUUUGUGCACAAUUUUGAAAACUCCGGUUUAGUUAUCGAAACAAUGUUUUCACCACAUGUUCCAUUGUACCCAAACCUCUUACAUCCUCAUUCGAAAAAUGUAACCCUCUUUAAUAACUGCAAUUCAAGAUCUGAUUGGUCGGAAGUUUAUCUGGAACAUAAUACAAACCAACCUUAUCCCCAGGGCUUUUUUCUGGAAAUAUUUCUUGCUUGUCCGAAAGAGCCUUGGGUACGAGGUCGAUCCCAAUCUUAAACCAAUUACCGGUUGUUCUCUGCUCUCUCUCCUCUCUCUUACUUUGUCUAUCUUGAACAAAUAUUCCGGCUCUUGCGAGACAAGUUAAAGAUUACAUCUGAAUUUAGUGUUUUGGUGCAAAAACCGCCAUGUUUAAGAAUUUAUCUUGUACAAUAAAUAGAGUACACUGGUUGGUUUUGACAUCAGCAAAGAAUUUAAAUAGAUACAAUAUUUCCAAGAAAAAAACCCAAAUUAUUAUUGCAACGAAAUAGUAAUUUACUGUGACGUAAUAUAUACUCUGUUGAUGAUAUUAUGUCUUUUUAAACAUUUUGAAAUUUCAAAAUAUCAACCUAAUAAUUUCAAAUCUACCCUUUGUUGACAUAAACUAUACAGGAAAAACACAUUGCGUUGAUAGUGUUUAAAAUAUUUUAAAUUUUUGACAUACUUGAUAUGGUUACAUGAUAAGAUAAAAAGCACUGACCUUGCUCAAUAAAUAAACAAAUCAAUUAAUCGUUAUCAGACAUGAACAAACAAAAAUCUGAAGGGGUAAAUAAAUUAACGUAUUGACACCGAUAUAUAAUGUUCUUCUGUUUUUGCGGCUGUGUUAAAAACCUGCCAAACUCAAGUACUUCAAUUCUGUGACAUCAGUUAAAAUAAAAAAUAUACUUUUUCGAUAGAUUUAGGCGAAAAUUAUGCUCAAAGACGCCAUUAUAUUUUACAUGCUAUUUUACCACUUUGUUGUAUUUUUUAUAACAACAGAACAUUCAACAUUUUAGAAACGAACAAAUUAAAACUGGCACUGAGUUUGAAAAUAUGUAAGUGAACACUGUCUACUAUCCAUCGCAGGGUACAGUUCAUAAGGAACAGGUCAAUAAGUGACAAGUGACGAUUCAAUAAGUGACGAGUCACGAAUGUGUGCUUACAUGUCAGUUGACAUUUUAAGGAGAGGCAAAAGAAGAAGCUGUGAUAUUUAAUACAUAAAAGACAAAAAAUAAGCUAAUUAAUUUUUUCGUAUUUUUUCUGACCACAACGCCGUAAAAUAAACAUUCGCAUAUAUUGGUCUCACUUACACAGGUUGGACUCGACUAUUUAAAUAUUUUUUCCUUAAUAUAGAAGAAAUGGGCAAAAUCAAACAUUCGACUUGACUUUUUAUGUGCAAUUAGACGAAUAUAUAAGAAGCCUGGGACCGAGGUGUAUUUAAUUAACAAUUUCACUAAUCACUUUAUUCGGUUUGAUUAAAUGAGAGAAGGAGUAUACAAUCCACAAAUAUUUCUCUAACUUUUCUAACAUUACCCUGCUUAUCCAAAUUAAUCUCCUCUUAAUUGCGUAAUAAUUACAUCACAUAAUAGUAGCGUAUAUCGCAUACCUUUCCAUCUCGACGUCACGCUAAGGCAAUUAUAUCCGACCUGUAUUUUCUAUAAAUGAUAGUCCUGCAAGACAUGUUCAGUAUUGUGCUUUGUGAUAGUUGAAUAUAUUUAAAAGAGUUUGUCAUUAGUUGUAAAAGCAGUUGUGAGGAUUGUGUAAAAAUUCAAGAUGGACUUGUCGAGGAUAACAAUUUUAGCUGUAUUUGUUGGCGUCAUGUUUAUUGGUCAAACGUCGCCCAAAAUGUUCUGCAAAGACGAAUAUUCAUAUCAAACCUGUCGGUUUUACAAAGUUGCUGGAUAUUGUAAAGCAUAUGCUUCCGAUCUUCAUGUCACGUGUCCAGUCACGUGCGGUUUAUGUGAUUAUGGAGUUACAGAAAAAUGUGUGGAUAAAGAUGGACCGUUUAACUGCCAAUAUUUGAAAUCAAAUGGUGUGUGCAGAACGCAUGCGCACAUAAUGGCUAACAGCUGUGCAAAAUCAUGCAAUUUGUGCGAUGCGCAAAGAAAAUGCAAGGAUACAAAAUGUCCAGCAGAUAAAAUCUGUAUACUGAACCGUCGCAACGAGCCAACAUGCGAGUGUCCGAAAUAUUGUCCGUAUAAACAAGCGUACAAAAAAUUGGGGAAAGUGUGUGCGUCGAACAAAAAGACUUACAAAGAUGUCUGCCAUAUGCACCAUCAUUCAUGCAGAGAACACACUAAUCUCACAGUUUUAUUUUACGGCAGCUGCUACAUGACGAUGCCUUGUGAAGAUGGAAAAAACGAACAUGACUCAGGCGCAUGCGCGACAUGGAAGAAGCUGGGAUUCUGUAAACGUCAUCCGAGUGUAAUGACUCAGUACUGCAAAAAAACAUGCAAUUUCUGUGAAGGAAGAGUUUCAACGAAACCAAUAAAAGACUGUAAAUCAAGAUUUGGUUGUUGCUGGGAUGGAACUGCUGCUCCUGAUCCGAAAUAUGGAUCCUGCAAAAAAUGCGCAGAUAAAUACUUGAAUUUUUGCACGAAAUUUAUCAAUCUCUGUAACUCGAAUGAUCGCAAUAACUUAAAGUUUAUGAAGACAAAUUGCCCUGUGUCUUGCGGAUAUUGUCUGCCUUCAAAACGACGAGAAAUUGAGAUUCAGAUUUUCAGUGGUAGCGGAAAACGACUGUACACGACAAAAUUUAAGAAUACAUGAAGCGCUCAUUUCAGUGAAAGUAAAUAAUGAGAAAUUGCUAUCUCCAUUGACGCUUAUUAAGAGAAGAUGUCUUUCUCCAGUUUACCUAGAAAAAAUGUUUCUUUAAGUUGUGUGAUGGUAACGUCACUCUUGUCGUAAGAAUAACAUUCACAAGACGUUAGAAUACGGCAUGUGUUUCGUAAUUAUGUUUCGCUUCAGUAAUUUAAAAUUUUUAAUCGUUCAAUCACAGGGCUAACAUUUUUUAUGCGGAUAAUAAAGAAACUAACAUUUCUAUGCUCGACGGUAACGGGACUUAGAUUCUCACUCGACGGUAAAGGACCUAGAUUUUUUACUCGACGGUGGAGGGACUUACCAAUGUAUCUUGUACUUAGCGGAUCUUAAGAUUAUAAACUGCAAGCACACUUGCCUGUUAUUAGCCCUGGGUGAUUUAAAUUGUUCAAAGUUAUACCUUCUUUUUUUAUUAUUUAUUUAUAAAAAAUAAUUGAAAAGAUAACGAAGUAAUAUGGAACAGAAAAACCAUUAUUUUUAUAUAUAUAUAGUUUUCUUGAAGACUUUUGUAGUGGUCAUACCACAUUUCUUUAUUUUUAUAAACAUGUAACCACUUUGUUUUUAUAUUUUA